UUGACUCUUUCAUAAAAAAUAAUAAUUUUGCGAGAGCUUUUUUACGUCCACUGGCACUAUUCAUAACUUGGUCUUGCUACUCUGAGGACUCGCUGCUAAUGGCCUUUCCGACAGCUGUGCUAAUUCUCUUGUGUUUUUCAACACUGGCAAGAGGAACCUGGAAAUAUGGAGAUAGUGAUGUUAUUCAUGGAGUUUAUGGACCCGAUGCAUGGGGAAAUGUUGCAAGUUCAUGCCGUCUGGCCGACCAAUCACCAAUCAAUAUUGCAACCAAGACGGUAGAGUCUGAUUCAUCUCUGGGAGAGCUGGACAUCACGUGUGACAAUGAAGAAGGAUUGUUUAAUGGAAUACUGCUGAAUAAUGGAUAUGAGCCAAUCCUAACAGCGGAUUAUGAGAGAGGCACCUGCAACUUAACUGGUGUCCCUGUGAUUAAUAAGAACUUUCAGCUGCAUGAUUUAAACAUCCACUUUGGAUGUGAGGCUGAUCGAGGAUCUGAGCACACUAUUGAUGGGAAAAGUUUCCCAGCAGAGUUGCAAUUGAUGUUUUACAACACAGAAUAUGGGUUUUAUGACAAUGCAGCCUCAAAAAAGGAUGGCUUGGCGGCCAUUUCAGUAUUGUUGAAGGUAGGGAAGACUGAAAACAAUGCACUUGAUAGCAUUGUUGAUCAACUGGAUGACGUUGCCGUGGAAGGAUCUAGCAUCCCUGUUUAUACACCGGCUGACAAUUUGACCUUGGCCAACCUUGUUCCGGACCUUGCUAAAGAGCAUGCGCCUUACUACACUUACAUGGGCUCACUAACGACUCCUCCCUGCUACGAAACCGUGAAAUGGAUUGUCAUGAAGAACCCAGUAACCAUCACUAAACAUCAGCUUGAAGCGUUCAAGAAACUCACGUCAGGACAAGGUUCUGAAUGUGACAAUUUCCGGCCGACUAAACCAGUGAAUGGUAGAAAGGUGGAAGCAAAUUUCUGAUUCAGGGAGACUCAUUGCAUAGGUCAGCAUAUGCAAGAAAGUGUUGUAAAGAAAAAUUCACGACUUAUGUCUUUGUAAUGUCUUAGAAGAUUCCAUGGUCACAUCCAAAUUAAUCGACGAUAAAUUAAAGGAGCGGCCGGGUAAACUUUUAAAAGCGGUUCUGUCGCAGUGCUUGUUUUAUGCAGUUCAAAACUGAAAAAUUUAGUCGGUCUGCAUUUGACUUCAUCUAAAUGUCUCGAUAUGAUCAGGUCAUACGGUAUUAUGAGAGAAGAAACUGAGGUUUUUCGUCAUCUACUUAACGUUAAAACGAAUAAAUUGAAGUGGGAUUCUUGAAAGGAAAUAUUAACUUGGAUAAUUAAGAUAUAUGUUAAGAGAUGAAAUGUUGAUGUCAAACAUCCGAUUACGAUGCACGUUAAUUUACAUUAAAAGUUUCAA